GCCCCAUGCAGGUCUCUGGAUCGGAGGUGAUGAUGGCGUUGGAGGAGCAGCAUCGCUGAGUUCGCUCCUCUGAGCCUUUGAUAUUAUUAUAAUUAUAACAACGGUCGAAAUACAAUUACUCGCCUCGAUCUCCUAACCAGAAAGGAUGGGGAACGAAGGGAGCAUCGAGGGAGGCGGACAACCCGGGGAACCGGGCUCCAUCUCUAUGGCGGGAGCGCCUGGUUCCAUUUCAGCACCACUGGGCUCUGGACAGCUCAUCAAGCCCGCCAAUGGUACUGCUGCCGGGGGAGGAAUGGGUGGCGGACCGGGAAUUAAUAGGGUUCCCAUGGGGAGUCCUAAAUCUGGGAUGCAGACUGGCUACGGAGGAAUGGGUGGAGGAGGAGGUCAGAGACUGGCCAACCAAGAGAGCCACAGGCCGAUGCAGCAGAUGGGUGCUGGGAUGGGUGGUGGUCCAGGUCAGCAUGGCCAGAGCCCCGGUCAGCCCGGUCAGCACGCCUCCAGACGAAACCUCCAGGUGGACUUUAGCGGUUCGGGUGGCCGGACGGGUCGCUCCUCCUCAAUGUCCCCAGACCGUGGGAUCACCCCCACCUCACCCUACUCAGUGCCCCAGAUCGCUCCCAUGCCCGUCAGCAAGCUGUGCCCACUCUGCUCCACCACGGAGCUGACCAAUCCGCCGGCCCUGCCUAACUACAACACCUGCACACAGUGCCGCUCCACCGUCUGCAACCAGUGUGGCUUCAACCCCAACCCCCACCUCACAGAGGUCCAGGAGUGGCUCUGUCUCAACUGCCAGAUGCAGAGGGCGUUGGGCAUUGACAUGACCACCGCACGAUCCAAGAGCCAGCCGCAGAUCCACUCUCCAUCCCACCAAGCCAAACCCAUUGUCCAGCCAUCACCUGUUCAUCCAGCCCAGCUAAAAUCCCAUCCCCAGCCCCCACUUCAGUCUUUACCCCACUCCCAGCCCCAGGCCCAACCCUAUGGUCAAACUCAGCCCCAGGCCCAGCCCUACGGUCAAUCCCAGCCACAGUCCUUUGGCCAAACUCAGCCCCAGCCCUAUGGUCAAUCCCAGCCUCAGCAACAGCCCUACAGCCAAACUCAGCCCCAACCCUAUGGUCAAUCCCAGCCCUAUGGGCAGUCCCAGCAACAGCUCUAUGGUCAAUCCCAGCCCCAACAACAGCCCUACGGCAAAAGCCAGCCCCAGCAACAGCCCUUUGGCCAAACCCAGCCUCAAGACAACCCCCAGGCUCAGCAUCAGCCACAGCCCUCCCCUGGCCUACAGAGACACCCUGUCGCCGGCUCAGCCUCCCUGCCCGGGUCUUCGACAAGCUCUCCCCAGCACAUCCCAUAUGGCCAGAGAGGGCCUGGAGGUCCCGGCCAGCCCCGGAUACCCCACCCUGGGGCAGUCCCCCUGGUGGGCAUGGCCAAGGCUCCUUCCCAGCCAGACCUGGGCAGAGGAAUACCGAUGCACCAGGGCGGCCGCCAGGCUGCCAGUGCUGGAUCCUCCCCCGCACAUCGACCCUCCGCCCCCCAGGGGCAGCCCCCCCAGGACGGCCUGACCAAACUGUUUGGCUUUGGGGCGUCGCUCCUCAACCAAGCGGCCAGCACCCUGGCAUCUGUGGACCCCCUCUCAGGGCCACCGUCCUCCCAGCCCUCCCCUGCCAGGGGUGGACCUGCCAAUAAACAAGAAGGACCUCCUGGUGCCAAACCUUUCCAGACAGGUGGCCUGCAUGCACCCCAAGUGGGUGGCCUCCAUGCACCAACUCAGAAAGGGCCCCAACAGCAGCAGUUGCCUGCACAUCAACACAAGGGGCCACAGCAGCAGCAAGGGUCUCCCCUCAAACAGCAGCAGCAGCAGCCGGCGGCCAGACAGGAGCCUGCUCCCAAGCCUGUCGAGCCUGAGAAGCCCAAAGUCAACUGCCCCCUGUGUAAGACGGAGCUCAACAUCGGCAGCACAGCCGAGCCGCCCAACUACACCUCCUGCACCCAGUGCCACGCCCAAGUGUGCAACCUGUGCGGAUUCAACCCAGCGCCUCACCUGGAGAAGAGGGAGUGGCUCUGUCUGAACUGUCAGACCCAGCGGCUGAUGUCCGGAGGACUCGGAGACCCCUCUCCUGUUCCUCAUCCGUCUCCAAAGCACCAACCAAUGGGAUCUCCACGCCACCUGGCACCAGCCAGUCAGCAGCCAGCUCAGAAGCCGCCCUUCCUGAAAUCGACCAAUCAGCAGCAGCAAGGGCCAAGAACGAUGCAGCCGCAGCCGCAGAAGCCACAGACAGGCCUGGGGAGCGGACCUUUCGCAGUGAAGCAAUCCGGGGACACAAAGGAUCCUGUCCAGGCCACACCUUCCAAUGAGCCCCCAAAACAACCGAAGGCCACGGAAGAGACUAUGCCAAAGUCAGAGGAGCUGGUGGAACCUGCCAUAGACACCAAACUAACUCAGAAGAAGGGAGAGCCAAUCACAAAAGACCUAAAGAAGUCAAGACAUUAUGACGAGACCAAGAACAGCACUCAAGACCUGUCACGAAGCCCCCAGAGCCUGAGCGACACCGGCUACUCCUCGGAUGGCAUCUCCAGCUCACACAGUGAGAUCACCGGCCUCAUCCAGGAGGAGGAGAUGAAGCUGAGCGAGAGGGGCAUCAGCGGACGUGGCAGCCCCCCCAGCCCUUCAGAGAUCACCAAGCUGGAGAGUUCCAUGAGGCCCCUGCUGGAGUCCAAGACCCUGCCGGCCGAGGAGAGGGAGCGCGAACGGGGCCGGGGCAGGCACCACCGAGAGCAGAGGCCCCGGUCGCUCUCCAUCACCCCAGAGGCCUACGACUCUGAUGAGGAGCUGGAGGACAUCGUGGAGGAGGAGGAGGACGGAGGGGACUGGGAGUCCAAACGAGAGCACAAGAGCAGUGCCGCUCCCAAGGACGAGAAGAAAGUGGCCGAGCCGGUGCCAAUGACAGAUGAGGAGUUCAUGAGGAGGCAGAUCAUGGAGAUGAGCGCAGACGAGGACAACGAAGAAGAGGAGGACAUGGAGGAGGAGGACGAGGAGGACGAAGGCUAUGGCUACCAAAAACCGAAAAAGACACAUAAGCACAUCUCGGAGUCAAUGAAAGAGAAACGCCGCCUAUCUCACCACUCCAGCAGCUUCGAGGAGGAGACCAAAAGCUCCAGUGACAUCUACAAAGGUUCUGCGGAGGAAGGAGAGGAGGGGGGCCUGGGGGGCCUGCGCCGCUUCAAGACCAUUGAGCUCAACAACACCAACAGCUACAGCCAUGACAUGGAGCUCAACAAUGAAAAUGACCUAAGUCUGGACCGAGAGCCCGAGCUAGAGAUGGAGAGCCUGACGGGAUCUCCUGAGGAGCGCUCCAGGGGAGAGUACUCCUCCACCCUGCCACCCACCACCUCCAGCUAUAACUCUGGCACCUCACCCACCUCCAUCUCCUCCAUGGAGGACGACAGUGACAGCAGUCCCAGCCGCAGACAGAGACUGGAGGACGCCAAGCAGCAGAGGAAAGCCCGGCACCGCUCCCAUGGCUCCCUGCUGCCCACCAUCGAGGACUCCUCUGAGGAGGAUGAGCUGAGGGAGGAGGAGGAGUUGCUGCGGGAGCAGGAGAAGAUGAGGGACCUGGAGCAACAGAGGAUCCGCAGCACGGCCAGGAAGACCAAAAGAGACAAAGAGGAGCUGAGGGCCCAGAGACGCAGGGAGAGAUCCAAGACGCCCCCCAGCAACCUCUCCCCCAUCGAGGAUGCCUCCCCUACUGAGGAGCUGCGACAGGCUGCAGAGAUGGAGGAGCUCCACCGAUCCUCUGCCUCAGAAUACUCCCCCCAGAGCCUGGACUCAGAGGCUGAGGGAUACGAGUCUAAACUCUACAAGUCUGGCAGCGAAUAUAACCUGCCCACGUUCAUGUCUCUGUACUCUCCGACCGAGAAGUCAUUGACGACCACGACGAUCACUGCUCCCUCCAGCAGCAAGCCCCUGAAGAGUGCUGAGGAGGUGUAUGAGGAAAUGAUGAGGAAAGCUGAGUUGCUGCAGAAACAACAGAAACCGCAGCAGCAUCAGAAACAACAGAAACCGCAGCAGCAACAACAGAAACAGCAGCAGCAACAAGGGAGACACAACAGUACAUACAAGGAUGACACAAACGGCCAACAGUAUGAAGAUGAGUACGAGUAUAAGCAGGCAGAGACUGGAUAUGAAAACGAAGCAGCAGAGACAGGAGACAUCUACGAAGAGAUCCGCCAGACCUCCCAGAACAUCACUAAGAUGCACCAGUCCUCCGCCCUGGAGUUACAGCAGCAGGCAGACGACCAAGUGGAAGUAGACAACAGUACCUAUCCAGAUAAGCAGCUUUUAGAUACUGGGUCAGCCUUCACUAAGCUGCUUGAGCAGACCAAUGACCUAUUGACUCCUGGCACCAGCCCCACUCAGCUCUCUGCACCUGUGUCCUUCUCUGAGACCGGAGGAAGGAUCCCUGAUGUACGGGUGACACAACACUACUCAAAAGGGAUGAAGAGCCAGACGGGUAAAAAUGGCAUCACUCCAGUGGCGGUCGUCACCACAAUAGCCGCCUACGGGGUUUAUUCCCGGGAUGCAGUGACCAUCUCCCAGACCAGCGUUAGUCAAACGAUGACUACCACCCAAUCCACCAUGUAUGGUCGGCAAACUGGAGGUCCCACCACUUCAACCACAACCGUCUCAAAUGUGUGUAGCAAGAUAGCGGAGAUAACACAGGCAUAUAGCCAGAGAGAGGUGGUUGCGAGGAGCGUGGGGGAGAACCGAGGGGUCCAAGUCAGAGACAGUGCAACAUCUUCAGAGCACGUUAUAGAGACCCGCUCGCCAAAGAUGUCUUCGUACUACAAGAGCUCCAGCCCCCCUCUGUCUCCCUCCGCAUCGCCCACUGAGAGCCUAAGUCGCUCCCCCUCCAGGAGGGUCGAGAUCUCCACCCAGACGUUCAGCACAGGCAUAGUGGCUCCAUCGGCUGGCUCAGGGCCCACCUCCCCAGUGAUGGUCCAGGGGACCCAGACAUCUCACAGAGUCGUAUCCCCACGUCUUUUCAGACAGCAGUCCUCCCAGGACUCCCACUACAUGGACACCGAGCACACAAGCCCUGCCAAACCAGUGACGGUCAACACGGCCACCUCACCUUUAUCCUCGCCCACCAGAUUCAGCCGACAGUUGACAUUAGAUGGCUACUCUCCACAGGCCAGUCCGCCAGACAGCCCUCCAUACCACCAGUCUGCUCACCGCAGCUUCUAUAGGAUGCAGAAUGUGGAAAAGGUCAAUGUUGGCACCAGCAUGGUCACCACAACUAGCACCUACAGCCGUGGUUCGAUGUCUAUGGACAACAUCUCUCUCUGCAGGAUCUCCACUGUCCCAGGGACCUCGAGAGUGGAGCAGGGCCAGAUGAUCUAUGGUGGGAGCGUGGUGGAUCUGAGAACAGUGGAUCUCAGAACAGCCACUAUACCAGCUCCCAUCAUCAUGACUGACCACGGCAUGGAUCUUACCUCUCUGGCCACAGAAACACGCAAAUACACCAGUGGGCACGAGGGGAGCCACCCUUCCACCAUCAUUCAGCCUCUCAUAAUGAACCUGAACACCCACCAGCACCCCCAUGUGAUGGUAUCAACCGCAACCACGGUGAGCGUCACGGUGGCUGCCUCCAUGUUCAUAUCACAGCCCCAACAACCCAUGGUCUACGGGGACCCUUUACAAAACAGAGUGGACCUGGGCCAGGGUUUGGGCUCAGCCAUGUGCCUGUCACAGAACAAACCACCACCCACUGACCCAUCCAUCCCCAAGAUUGACGCCAAGCUGGAGGACCUGAGCAUCCAGCAGCAGCAGCUGAUGGAGCAGCAACAGAAGCUUCAACAGCAGCAGCAGCUCUUGGAGCAGCAGCUCCUGCAACACCAUCAGAUGCAGCAGCAGUCCUCCUUAGGUCGGUACAACCUACCAGGCCAGAUGACUCUGCUCAAAAAGGACCUUCUGGUCAGCCAAUCCAGCAACUCCCCAGCCGUGGUCAGUGCUAUAUCCUCCGCCGUCGCCCCUGACAUCUACAGCACAGGAGGUCCGCUGGAACUGAAGAGCAAGCCAAUCCCGGCAGGUGUGAUGAACCUGGCAGGCGGUGGGCCUCAUGGCAUGAUGGUCCAGAUGAAUGGAGCCCCACAGGGAGGACCAGUGACCCAGCUGGUGAAGACAGAAAAGAGCCAGGAUGCCAUGGACCUCACAGGGGGGCAGAUCAAAGCUGAGAACCAACCGGCCUGCUGUGAUGUAGUGUACCGCCUCCCAUUCGGAGGUAGCUGUGUUGGUGGUCCGUUCUCCCAGAAGCAAAAUGUUGAUGAGACAGUGGCCACUCAAGAGCCAAGACCACCCUCUGCACCACCACUCUCCUACGAGUCGGACCAGGAGGGCCAGUAUCAGGAUAUUUCUAUGGACGGGCGUAAAGCCUACACACUACCGUACCCUGGGCGGCUACAGCCCUCGAUGUCUGACACCAACCUAGCAGAGGCUGGACUCCAGUCCUACCACUCCAAGAUAGACCCACAUAUCGGAGAGCUGGCCGUGGACCUCAGCACCAUGAAGCAUGCCUAUGAGGGAGGCUUCCUGGGACUGGGCAUGCAGUACGGCUCCUACACUGACCUACGCCAUGGGGGUGACCUCACUGCUACUGCCCUGCCCAUACGCAGAUUCAACUCCCUGUCAAACAUUAGCUCAGACUACGGCUACUCGCCCCGAGACCUCGCUAACUUCCAGGAGUCCAACCUGGCCCAGUACAGUGCCACCACUGCCAGAGAGAUCAGCCGAAUGUGCGCUGCCCUCAACUUAAUGGACCGCUAUGGGAGCAAUCCGGAGCUUGUGCAGUACGGUGUAGGAAGGGGAACAGGUCCAGGUGGCAGGCUUAACUCUAUGAGACAAAAUAUGCUCUACGGACCUGAUGGGAAGCCAAUCUCUCAAACCCAAGCGCUCACCAACAUGAUCAAUGCCAGGCAAGCCAGCCUCCGAGCCAUGUACCCGUCUGCCAUGAGGUCUGCUGAUGGAAUGACCUACUCCACCAUCAAUACGCCCAUCGCAUCCACCUUGCCAAUCACUACCCAGCCUGCCUCAGUGCUGUGCCCACUACUGAGGGGAGUGUACAGGCCUUUACCCACUGCCAACAUGACACCCGUGCCUCUUGCCAGUCUCACCAGGAUGCCUGUGAACCCAAGGAUGCCUUUGUCUGGGCAGGCUCCAUACCGUUAUCCGGCUCCCAACAUCUUCCCAUUCACCACGUCGGCCCCUGUGAGCAUGCCUGCUGCUAUCACCACCACCCAGGAUGCCCCAGUCUACCUAGGGAAGCCCUCUGUGAAAUCAGGUACAUCUGAUCCAUCAUCUCAACCUCUCUUUGCCCAUACAUCAGCCCCGGUCAGCUUGCCAACAGAGCCCCAGCAGCAACCCAUGAACUUGACCCAGGCUCACCUCCACACUCAGGACCCAGGGCAGCCCCGGGUCCAGCCUCAGAACCAACCUCCAGCCCAGCCCCACCACAUGCAACCUCAAGGGCAUCCUCAGAGCCAGCCUCCACCCCAGAGCCAGCCCCCUCUAGCCCACAUUUACCCUCCAACACAAAGCUACACUGGGCCCCAGAGCAACACCCAGCCCCCUCCGUCUGGCCCACCCUCCAGCAGCCCAGUCAACACUGCGACGGAGACGGAGGAAAGGAUGCAGCGCCAGCAUGAGCAGCUGUUGCAAAUGGAGCGGGAGCGUGUGGAGCUGGAGAAGCUGCGUCAGCUACGUCUGCAGGAGGAGCUGGAGAGGGAGCGCAUGGAGCUGCAGCGGCACCGCGAGAAGGAGCAGAUGCUAGUGCACAGGGAGAUUCAGGAGCUUCAGACCAUCAAGGAGCAGGUCCUGCAGCAGCAGCAGGCUGAGAGGGAGAGCCAGCUGGUGAUGCAGAAGGAGCAGUUGGCCCAGCAGAAAGCCCAGCUCGACCAGAUACAGUCGCUGCAGCAGCAGCUUCAGCAGCAGCUCGAGGAGCAGAGGAGGCAGAAGACUGCUGCAGCAGCUGCUGCUGCAGCCGCCGCAGCCGCUCAGGUGGACCAGAACGGCCAGACCCUGCUGCCCUAUGGAGAUCAAGUGGGCUUCAUUUCCCUGCCCAACUCCUCCUCGGACAUGUGUCUAAGGAACAAUGAAGAGCAUAUAGAGACCAGAACCAACAUGAGGAGGCAGAACUCCACCUCCAUGCCCCGGCUGAGGGACGGAGUGGAGGGCGAGAGCAUCCAGUUCUAUGGAGCACGGAGGAUCGUGGACAGCUGUGUCCAGACAGACGAAGAGGAUGGCGAGGAGAGGUACAUCAUGUCCCGGCGCAGACGCAACAGGCGCAGUGUAGACUGCAGUGUCCAAACCGAUGAUGAUGAGGAGAAAGUGGAGUGGGAGCAGCCUGUGAGGCGCAGGCGCUCUCGCUUCUCUAAGCACUCGGAUCCCGGGGCCGAAAACAAGACAGACACAGCCUCCAAGACAGCCACCUCAUCCAGCAUCGCCAUCCAAACCAUUCGAGAUAGCGCCUGUCAGACCGAAACAAACCAAUUGGGGAAGGUGUCCCCGGCUAUUCACGUCACCGUGCCAGACCCGAACAAAGUUGAGAUUAUCCACUACAUCUCAGGCCCUGAGAGGACCCAGAAGGGCCAAAGCCUAGCCUGCCAAACAGACGUUGAGGCCCAGUCUCAGGGCGUGGUGGUGCCUCAGCUCAGCGUGCCCACCACCGUCAGCCCCUACUCCACAAGCAUCCAGCUGGUGGGGUCCGCCGACCCGCGCCAGCAGCAGAACAGGAGGAGGCCAGACCCCCUAGAGAUCAGCUACCAGACCCAGCCCAUGAACCACCUCCACAAUGAGUCCCUCUCCAGCCUGAUCCGUCAGCCCCAGUCCCCCCAGGUGCUCUACUCCCCUGUUUCCCCCGUCUCCCCCCACCGCCUCUUGGAGACGUCCCUCUCCAGCGGCGGGCUGAACAAGGCCCACGUCACCCCCCAGCAGAAAGCCUACACGGUCGAGUCACCCCAGCGCCACCCCAGCAUGCCCCGGCCCAUUAAGAGCACACAGAGGUCCAUGUCGGACCCCAAGCCCCUAAGCCCCACUACAGAUGAGACAACCAAGGCCAGGCUAAACCUGUACCAGCAGCAAGCUCUUCAGAGCCAGCUGGCCGCCCUGCAGCAGAGUGCCCUGAGGAAGGUGAAGAGGACCCUGCCCAGCCCCCCUCCAGAGGAAAGCCACCUCCCCAUCAUCACACCGGCCCUCCCCCAGAUGUACAUGCCGUCCGUGCCCUCCCUGAGGGCCGGAACCAGGCCAGGUCUGGCAGCCAAAGCCAGCCUGCUGAAGGACCUCACCCACGAGCUGAAGGCUGUGGAGCAGGAGUCCACCAAGCUCCGCAAGCAGCAGCAGGAGCUGGAGGAGGAGGAGAAGGAGAUUGAUGCCAAGCUGCGCUACCUAGAGCUGGGCAUCCAUCAGCGCAAGGAGACCCUGGUGAAGGAGAGGGAGAGGAGGGAUAUGGCCUAUCUGCGCUGCAUGGGCGACCCGCGAGACUACAUGUCAGACAGCGAGCUGAAUAACCUGCGGCUGGCGGCCGCUGUAGCUUCCUACGAGAGCAACGGGGUGCUGACCAGACCUAGCACAGCACCAAUGAGCCAGUUCACCAGCGACUUCAACACAGCCGCCCAGUUUCCUCCCACCUCCUCCUUCGUCUCCUACCAGUCCUACCACACCCUGAGCCAGCCAGCUCCAGCUCCCCAGCCCGGCACCCCUUACCAGACUGCAGCCUUCAACCAGCCCCCCUACCCUUCAGUGUCCCAGGCAGCGGCUCUCCCCCAGCCCACCCCCCUGCAGACCCAACAUCCUCCCCCAUCCUACCAGACCCAUUCCUUCUCCCACACAUUCCCACAGAGCCAUCCCCCCUACCCGACAGAGCAGGGUGUGCACCCACUGCCUCAGCAACAGCAACAGCCUAGCCACCAGGGAUUCCAGCAUGCCCAGCCUGGCCAACCUCCCUACCCCACCCACACCUCUCCAUACCCCAGUCAGGUGUCCUACCCAGCUGGCCCUGGGCAGAUCACUCCCUACCAGCCCCAGGUAGACAUCCUCACUGUCCACCAGAGACCGAGACAGACCUCGCUGACUGACCUGGAGCAUAAGAUGCCCACCAAUUAUGAGGUUGUAAGCAACCCCACUGUAGGGGUGACCACCACGGCCCAAGACACCAUCUACUCCUCCUCCAGUGGGGCACCCCCAUACGGACAGUAUACUGGUGGUACCACCAUGGUCAACACUUAUGGGCCAUACUCUACGGCAGUCUCCAGUACAUAUGGCCAGUACACCACGACAGUAUCCAACACAUACGGGCAGCAGUACACUUCCACCCCGGCCAGUACGUAUGGUCAGUAUACCACCACCACAGCUAACACCUAUGGCUACACCACCACUACAGCCAGCUCCUACGGCCAAUACACUGCGACAGUGGCCAACAGCUAUGGCCAUGGCACUCCAUCUGACCGUCUGCACUCAGUUGACAGCCCCUCUACCUACGCACAGGACGGUCUCUAUGGUCCCGCAAGCCUGGAGCAGAAUGUCCCAAGGAACUACGUCAUGUGCGAUGACAUCAGCGAGCUGACCAAGGAGGGCCUGGGCGGCACAGUGGACAUGCACCGGAGCGACGGCCACGGUGGACGCUAUGCAGGGGAGAGCGGUCCAGCGAGAGGAGGAAGCUCCUACGGCAGGCCGGAGGACGAGCUGACCAGGGAGGAAGACCUGUAUGAGCACCACAGCAGGGGUAAGAGCAGUUACCACCCACGUGGGUCAGACACAUACGGCCGAGUAGUGGGCAGCAGCAGCACUAGCAUGGGUGGGGGGUCCUCCUAUUACUAUGACGACUACACCAAACACGGUGCACAGCGCCCCGGUGUCCAGAAGCACGCCUCCAAGAGCCUGGCUCCGGCCGUCAUGUCCUCCAAGCGCAGCAAGCACCGCAAGCAAGGCGAGGAGCAGAAGAUCUCCAAGUUCUCCCCCAUCGAGGAAGCACGUGACGUGGAGGCAGACCUGGCCUCCUACACCGCGAGCCCGUCGGGCGGCGGCAGCUUCAGCGUGGCGUCGCGGGCCAGGAAGCUGCAGGACGACAUGGCCCACGGCCUGAGGAAGAGCGCCUACGAGCAGAAGAGAUACUCCUAUCCGGAGGAGCGUAUGUACUACACCUCGGGCCGUUCGCGCUCCACGGGCUACGGCAUGGACAAGAUCUCGUCCCGGGACUACGCCGGCUACCGCAGCCGCUCCUACGAGAGAGAUGGGGACAAGGAGCGCUCAUCGUACAGGGCGAGCUAUAGCCGGGGCAGACCCCCGAUGCGCUCUCAGUAUUCUUCGGAGGAGAGCCCUCUCAGCCCCAUGGGUGUUCAUGUGAGGGCCUCCUCCCUGGGCCCAGAGCUGUACGACAGCCGUAGUAGUCAGUAUUAUGGCCAGUACGACUACAGCCACUCCAUGCCUGACGUGCAGGAUCACAUGAGAGACUUGCCCCGGACACAUGUCUACAAGCCCGACAAUUCUUACAUUAUAGACGAUAUGCAUUGCGCUGUUUCGGACAGCGAAGCCUACCAUCUUGGCCAGGAAGAGACGGACUGGUUUGAGAAGCCCAGGGACCUGCGCUCUAGCUCCCGCCACUAUGGCAGUGGUGGCCACUCCUCGUCCGGCCGUAGCCGCCACGUCAAGCACACCUACCACGACUAUGAAGAGCCCCCAGAGGAGGACCUGUGGCCCCAGGACGAGUAUGGCCACAGCCGCCAAUCUUCCACCUCGCGAGACCAUCGCCACCACGGCAGCACCAGCUCUGGGAGACACUCCGCCUCGUCCCGCCACUCGGACGAACCGCGCACCUCACGCUCCUCCAAGGGCCACCCCAAAGACCCGUCCAUGCGCCACGACUCCCGCCAGAUGUCCUCGUCAGGGAAGAGGGGUGACCCGCGCUCCCAGGGGGGGUAUCACUCAUCGGACUACUCCAGGGACCCGUCGGGCCACCACCACAGCCAGGGCCGCUCCUCCAAGUCCUCAUCGUCGCACGAUGGGCGGACUUCCUCCAGGAAGCAGCAAGAACUCCAGGGUCACCCUCCUUCCUCCUCCAGGGGCCAGGGCAGCUCUGGCCGUGUGCCAGGAUCCGCCGGUGGGCCCCCGGGCUCUAGGGGACAGGGUCCUACCUCCCAGCAGGACGGGCUGCAGCAAGGCCAACGCACCCAGCUGCAGCAGCAGCCCCAGACCUUGGCGGCACGACAGACAGGCACCACCCCUGCAGGCCCCACUCCUGGGGGCCAGCAGCCUCUGGGCCUGGCCCAAGCCCAGCAGGGUCUACAGGCCAAGCCUGGUCAGCUUGGUCCUGGUCAAGCCGGUCGCCAGCCACAGGCAGGAGGCCCACUGGGGCAACUGCCACCAUCUCAAGCACCUGUCGCAAACACACCCCCUGUGACUGCCAUAGGGGCCAAAGCUGUUAUAGGAGGGGCAGCCCAACCUGCAAAAACACCUCAACCCCCACUCACAGGAAUAGGCUCCAAGGCCGCCCCUAGACCCAGUGGCAUCGGGAGCGCGGCAACAGGUCAUCCAGGGAUGGAGGGGGAUAGUCUCCUCUCUAAGGUCCUACCAGGAAACCCUGCAGAGGCAGCAGGAAAACUAGGAGAAGCUAUCUCCGGUUUCGGCAAGAAGUUCACCUCGUUGUGGUGAGGUGUUGAGAUGAUGGUGUCUGUAAAUGUUAUGGAGGACGUUGUGAGGCUUUGUACCAGAAAAACCUAGGAAGACCCCUGCUUUGUU